UUCGUCAUCUAUCACUGAAAGAUACAGAAUAAUUCAACCCAUAAAAGUGAACAGUGUCAAAAUCCCAGUAACCGAACUCGGAAAAACAAUGCAAUCAUCCAUAUAUUAAUACCCACCCAAGCUCAGAAACUCACCUCUUCCGAAAAAAGGUUCCUGUUAUGAUCACUUCUUCAAUUUCAUAAAGCCUUCUAGCCACUUUCAUUUCAUUUCAAGUACAAAAACGAAAAAAAAAAAAACGACAAAUCUAAUUAAUAAAUAGUACUGAAAAACUUUCUGAAAGCAAAAGUGGGUUUAGAGAGAGAAAAAUCUGUUAUGGAAGGUGGAAGGAGGGCUAAAGAUGGCGAAAAUGGGGGUGAAGUUGGUAAGAAGGAGAAGCUGGAGUUUGAGUCCACGGAGCUGAGGCUAGGAUUGCCGGGGAAUAAUGGUGGGGGUUGUGAAGGAGAAGGAGGUGCUGCUGCGAGGAAGAGAGGGUUCUCUGAGACUGUUGAUUUGAAGCUGAAUCUUUCGUCCAAGCCCAAGGAGAGUUGUGAAACGGAUCCGAAUGAGAAGGUGAAGAAUCAUCUUCUUCCUUCUGCCGCUGAUCCCGCCAAGCCUCCUGCUAAGGCACAGGUGGUGGGUUGGCCGCCGGUUCGAGCAUUUCGGAAGAACAUGCUAGCUGUCCAGAAGAGCAGCCCUGAGGAAAGUGGUAGUGGUUCUUUUGUGAAGGUGAGCAUGGAUGGUGCACCUUAUCUCAGGAAAGUGGACUUGAAGAUGUAUAAGAAUUACCAAGAUCUCUGUGAUGCCUUAGGCAAAAUGUUCAGCUCCUUAACCACUAUUGGAAAUUGUGGAUCCCAAGGGAUGAAAGACUUUAUGAAUGAGAGCAAGCCUAUGGAUCUCUUGAAUGAUUCUGAUUAUGUUCCUACAUAUGAAGACAGGGAUGGUGACUGGAUGCUUGUUGGAGAUGUCCCAUGGGGUAUGUUUGUUGAAUCAUGCAAGAGGUUACGUAUAAUGAAAAGCACCGAGGCCAUUGGAAUUGCUCCGAGAUCCAUGGAGAAAUUCAAGAACGGAAGCUAAGUGAGAUGGCCUUCUCUAAAUGAAUUAAAGGACCAAGUAUCAGAGAUAAAUGAAAUUUGAGCAGGAAGUUUAUGUGUUAUUAAUUAUGCUUUGUUAUAUAAAUUAAAUGUGAGAUACUUGAGUAUUUUUAUUGUGGAAAGAAACAAAAUAAUAACUUUUAUGUUACGUUACAAAUUCAGACUUUGGUUUUGUUUUAAUUAUUGGCUUGUUUAGUGUUAAUGGCUUGCUUU